AUGAGUUCAAUCACUUCGCCCAUUGUGUAUCGUUCCCCUGUAGGGUACGCCUAUAAAUUAUACCUUGAAGGAAAUCUGCCUUCUUCUUUGCACAUUUUAAAAACAUAUUUUCAAGAAGGAUGCCCAAAGGAAGGCAAUCUCGAUUCAGCAUGCAGUUUAUAUUUGCAGGUUUCGAGUGAGCUCAACCAUUCAUGGCAGAAAACACUAGAAUGGUUGAAAUUAGUCCAUAACGGUCCAAUCCCUAGGUCACUACUUAAUGAAUUGGUAAUUACCUAUGGUUCAAAAAAAACGUGGGAGUCGCGCGAGCAGUUAGCUGAGUUACUUUCACUCGCCGAGAAAUUCAAAACUGAAAUUUUCGCAGAUGAUCGAGGGUACCAAGUUGAGGAGCAGCUUGUGAAAUUAGCCUGUGAAUGGAAGUUAUUUCCUCUUGCUGAAUCCCUUCUCGUGAAUCCUUACCAGAAGGGAGAGGCGGAUCUUUCGAAUUUUAUUUCUGAGCAAAAGUUUCAACACAAACUGAAAGAAAGUUUGUCAGCAGACAACCCUAACAAUGACGCUACAAAAGAGAGAAAUGCCUUGACAAGUAUAAAAAGAUUUUGCUCCCAAUUGGCUGCAAGGAUUGGUUUCCUCCAGAACAAUUCUACCUGGUUUCCCAAAAACACCAACCUUUUGUUAAUUGCUUUCGCUUUGGUUGUACUUAUUUUUAAGAUCAAAGGGAAUAUUUCGAAAAUUCGCCGCUAUCCUAUUGUCUGGGAAAGCUUGCAAAGCUUUAUUGAAAAGCUGGCCUUUAUCAUUUCGUGA